AUGACGAAAAAGGUGGUGCUCGUGACCGGUGGAAGCGGUCUCGUCGGAAGCGCCAUCCGCGAAGUCAUCGCGGGCGAACGACCGGAGAACGAGGAGUGGAUAUUCGCCUCGUCCAAAGAUGCGGAUUUAUGCGACCCGGCGUCCACGGCGGCGAUGUUUGAAAAGUACAAGCCGACGCACGUGAUCCACCUCGCGGCGCAGGUGGGAGGGCUGUUCGCGAAUAUGAAAUACAAGGUGGAAUUUUGGAGAAACAACAUAGCGAUGAAUGACAACAUCUUCCAAGAGUGUCAUAAGCGAGGGGUCGAAAAGCUCGUCUCUUGCCUUUCGACGUGCAUCUUUCCGGACAAGACGACGUUUCCGAUUGACGAAACCAUGAUUCACGACGGGCCGCCGCACUUCUCGAACGAAGGUUACGCGUACGCCAAGCGCAUGGUGGACGUCCAAAACCGCAUGUACAAGGCCCAGCACGGCUGUAACUUCACCGCGGUCAUUCCGACGAAUAUUUUUGGCAAGCAUGACAACUUUCAUCUCGAUAACAGCCAUGUUAUUCCCGGACUCAUCCACCGAGGCUACUUGUGCAAGCAAAAGGGUGAGCCCUUCACCAUCUGGGGAUCGGGCACGCCGCUGCGACAAUUCAUCUACUCCAACGAUCUCGCGCGUUUGAUGAUCUGGACGAUGCGUGAAUACCAAGAGGCGGACCCUAUCAUUCUUUCAGUUGGUGAGGAAGACGAAAUUAGCAUCGCAGACGUCGCGCGCUCUGUCGCUAAGGCGCUCGACUUCCAAGGUGAAGUCAACUUUGACACCACGAAGGCUGACGGUCAAUUCAAGAAGACCGCGAACAAUGCGAAACUCCGCAAAUACCUUCCCGAUUUCAAGUUUACGCCGUUUGACGAAGCCAUGGCGAGCACAGUGAAGUGGUUCAUGGAGAAUUACGAAACACCUGGUGCGGUCAGAAAAUAA